AUGGCUCCGGCUUCUGGAGAAACGUCGGACUUUGCCGAAAACGAAAUGGCAGUCUCUGAAUUGGGUGAAGCGACGGCCAAUUUGGGAGCACCGGGUUUCCCACCAUACCCUCCGUACGCCACAGACAGUGCGCCUCCCUCUGUGGCUGAGACCAUUAUCGCUGGUCGGGAUAUACGACGGCAGUAUAAAUUUUCACAUCAGGUGCCUGCGCGUCCCCCGCCUAAACCAGCUAAACCCAGGGGUCCUAAAGCUACGGAUGUAAAAAUGUCAAAGCGCUCGUCCAGGGCUCAUUCCAGAUGCAUGCGUCGACAUGGUGUCAUACUCACCGACCGUCUUGAGUACAUGGCGAAGCCUCGGCGUCGAAACAUUAUAUAUCUUUGGAGGGAACACGCGAAUAUUUUACCUCCAGAGACGAUUGCUCGUUUACGUUCUAUGUUAGAUGCUGAUGAACCAUUUAAGCCGGAUCAAGCGUACGAGUACUUUGUGAAUCUAAGAAAAACCAAAAAGAAAAAAAACAAGAAACGUAUUCAUCAAAUUAAAAAAGAUAUGAUGGCAAUUUGCGAUGAUAAGCGAUUUUUAUGGGCUCGGAACGCAACGGUAGCAUUUGCCAGAGGUAUUCAGCAUCGUCUCUCGAAGCCAGGACAUUUCACUCUUGCUGAUGGAAUGCUCCGUUUGUCGGAUUUGAUAUUACAUGAUAUUUGUCGAUAUAUGCGUCUGAAGACCCCAGCUCGGAAUAGUACAAGUCCCAAAGCACGUUUUAUGCUGGAAAUGUCUGAUAAGAUUGCUGUUUGGAUUGAUGAAAUAAUUUCGGAAUCUGACGAUCGUAUGCUAAUGAUGGACUUUGACGAAGACGAAGAUGUUGUAGAUAUGUGCUCCAAUUAUUUAGCUCAACAUGUUACUCUAAAUACGGAACGUGGACCUGCUUUCGACAUUCUCAUCAAAUCCCUCGAUGACAAUGGCGAAAAACCAUUUACAACACAAUUCCCUGUUCUUGGAACUAAUUAUGCUGCUGCACAUGUGUUACGUACAGCACCGGGCUUGACUAGUGUGAAACCUAAUGAAGAAACUGUGCCUGUAUUCAAAGAAGCACUCCACAAAGCUGUCGAUUUAGUAACACCAGAAAUUCAAAAAAAAGAAAUGGAUGGGAAAGCAUUUAAACUGUUGAUAGAAAAAAUGAAAAAAUCCCCAACAAAAGAACUUGUGAAAAGGAAUAACUAUACAAUGAGAUAUGGAACCGCAGCUGAGGAGAUAGAAUCUGCGCCGUUUCUGACGCCCUAUUUGCCAGUAAAAGAUAUAUCUGAAGAAAUUAACCAAAAGCUUACUAAAGAAAUGGAGGGUUCCACUCCGAGUGAGCUUAAAGUUCCAAUGAAAACUCUUAUUCAAGACGUAUCAAAACAUUUGUCACAAACGGUAGCUCUGAAAAGAGACGCUUUAAAGCACUUAACCCAUAUGAUGAAAGAAAAGGACAAGGUACCUCUUGCACAUAUCCAAGGCUAUGAACAAACAUACGGUGACGCCGCACGAAGAAUUUCCAACGCUACAAGUCUUGAUAACGAGAAUGUAGAUAAACCAACAUAUGCAAAGGUAAAGGGAAAGCUUAAAACUUUGGCAGAACAGAAUCCUCUUCCGCAAAAUACAAAUGAGUUAUCAGAAAUUGUUGACGAAUGUUCUGAGUUCUUGGCUUCACCACUCCCAGAAGACGAGAUGGAAAAACGUCGCCUUUUAGCUAAUUUGAUGGCACGUAAGGAUAAGUCCUUACUCGCCCAGAAUGGAGUCUUUAAGUUAACGUAUAAUGAUGCAGGACAGGAGCUAGAAAAUGCUACAACGUUUAGCAGUCAGAAUCCCUCUCCGGUGAUUUUUGAUAAAGUUUCCGAUCGUGUUAGAGCAAUUCCAAUUGAAAACGUCAGUGCCCAAGGAAAACCACAUGUAGAAGGUGGAUUGGACGCUAAAGCUCUUGCAUCAUUAAAUGACGCUGCGAUGAGCGUUAAAGUUGGUGAUGAAGCCGCAGGAAAGAGCAUAUCAGCAAAAGGAUUGGACGCUAAAGCUCUUGCAUCAUUAAAUAACGCUGACAGGAGCGUUAAAGUUGGUGAUGAAGCCGCAGGAAAGAGCACACCAGCAAAAGGAUUGGACGCUAAAGCUGUCGCAUCAUUAAAUAACGCUGAGAAAAGCGUCAAAAUCGGUGAUGAAGCAGCAGAAAAGAGCAUAUCAGCAAAAGGAUUAGACGCUAAAGCUCUCGCAUCAUUAAAUAACGCUGAGAAGAGCGUCAAAAUUGGUGAAGAAGCCGCAGAAAAGAGCACAUCUGCAAAAGGAUUGGAUGCUAAAGCUCUCGCAUCAUUAAAUAACGAUGAGAAGAGCGUCAAGAUUGGUGAUGAAGCCGCAGGAAAGAACACAUCAGCAAAAGGAUUGGACGCUAAAGCUCUCGCAUCAUUAAAUAACGCUGAGAAAAGCAUCGAAAUUGGUGAUGAAGCCGCAGGAAAGAGCACAUCAUCAAAAGGAUUGGACGCUAAAGCUUUCGCAUCAUUAGAUAACGCUGAGAAGAGCGUCAAAAUUAGUGAUGAAGCCGCAAGAAAGAGCAUAUCAGCAAAAGGAUUGGACGCUAAAGCUCUCGCAUCACUAAAUAAUGCUGAGAAGAGCAUCGACAUUGGUGAUGAAGCCGCAGGAAAGAGCACAUCAGCACAAGGAUUGGACUCUAAAGCUCUCGCAUCGUUAAAUAACGCUGAGAAAAGCGUCAAAAUUGGUGAUGAAGCCGCAGGAAAGCGCAUAUCAGCAAAAGGUUUGGACGCUAAAGCUCUUGAAUCAUUAAAUAACGCUGAGAAGAGCGUCAAAAUUGGUGAUGAAGCCGCAGAAAAGGGCACAUCAGCUAAAGGAACGGACCCUAAAGCCCUCGCAUCAUUAUAUAAAGCUGAGAAGAGAGUGAAAACCGUUACUAUUUUUGCUAGCGUCAAAAUUGGUGAUGAAGCCGCAGGAAAGAGCACAUCAGCAAAAGGAUUGGACGCUAAAGCUGUCGCAUCAUUAAAUUACGCUGAAAAGAGCGUCAAAAUUGUUGAUGAAGCCGCAGGAAAGAGCACACCAACAAAGGAGAACAAGUUUGUAAUGGAAGACAGUAGUAAGACGACAGAAAAAAGUGAUUCACUAGGAAAACAAGCACCAAAGUCUACUGCAAAUGUAGACCAGAGAGAUGAAGUGGAUCCGGAUCGUGAACAAGCUCUACAAAUAUUGCACUCAAAGCUCAAAGCACGUGGCGCUGAAACUUUUUACAAGCAACCUCGCAAUGACUUAACUCACGCGCAAGCUUCUGAUUGGUUGUCGAAGAAACCAUUUAGUGUAGAUAAGUCUGUAAAAGAAUCAGCAGAUACUGCACGCUUGCACAAAAAGUUUGAAAGAAAGCUAAGUGCCCUGGUCGCUACGAGCACGACACCUUUAACGCAAGACGCAAUGCAAGGUUAUAACGUCCUUGCACGAGAAGCCGUUAUAUCAGAGAUGCAGAACCGUGGUAACGAGAUCCUCGUAGAAGUAGAUGGGGCAGCUGAAAGUUUCUUCUAUUCUGCACAAAGAUUGAAAAAAGCCAAGACUCUUGACGCAGAGAAACCUUGUUCAAUUCAGUAUCACAUAGUAAAGAAACUAGAAGAAAUGAUAAAAUCUCGAGGCAGUCUGAGAAAACUAACUUCACACAUAAAAGAUUACAUUCACAGUGCAGGGGAAUAUUUAUCUGAACAUGUAACUAAACCUGAUAAAGAAAUUGAAGCCUACGUUGCACUCCUAGCGGAAAUGGAAGCUGCCGGUGAUAGUCCUCUUGUUGAGGGAAAUAUUCGUAAAUCAUAUAAAGAAGCAGUUGCUUAUUUACGGCAGUUAACUUCAUUUGAAGAUCAGAUAAAACGAGAUGAUAACACUCUCCGAAAAACAAUUGAAUCUAAGUUGGGAAAACUUAUGGCAAAUGUAACAAAAACAGGAUAUGGCAAAUCAGAUCUCGAUCAUGUCAUUCAUCAAAACGCUGUACUUUUAACGUCUUACAUCAAACUACAAGGUGAGAAGACAGAUGCUCUUAAAGUAUUAAUAGAACAAAUGGACAAAGAAGGUGAAAAUGUACUUCUGCGACACGGAAACCUUCGCAAAACAUAUCUUGACGGCGCAAACAUCUUACGGACAAAGAAUGCAAAUCAAUUAAAUGUAGUAAACGCAGAUCCCGUAGUUUCCAGGAAAAUACAAAUAAAACUUACAAAUUUAAUGCUUAAAGUUACACCAAAUCAAUACAGGGAUCUUAUGGACGAGGUAAUUCAAGUCUGCAAAUGUAUGAAAAAUGUCUUUGUGCAAUGUGAACUAUGGUGCGAAGAAAUGUUGAGGCGAAUGAACAGACCAUAUUGCACAUGCUCUCGCCAUGUAACUACCCAACAGCUCGCCGAUGUCUGCCCCAAUCGCAAGCUCUAUCUCAGUCAAAGUGGAUCACAUCUUUUUGCUUCCGGUCUUCAAAUCUCUCUUACCGACUGCCCUUCUAAACUUAAUACGAUCGGAGAAUCAUCACAGCCCUGCCCAGCCGCAAAACCAACAACUUAUUGCCGUUCAAAUACAACAGCUUCUUAUGUUUUGUACACAUCACAGGGACCAUUUGAUAACAUCCCAACAAAACUAUCUGAAGCAGAUUCUUUACAGUCGCAAAUUUUACAAGACCCGCAGUUUGUUUCAUCAUCACUUAACCCGCGUCUACCACUUAGACACGCGUUCUCUGAUCAUGUUCGAAAUCUGCAAGCACAUCAAUCUACACAGAAGAACGCUUCUGUAAAUUAUGAGUCAUCUGAAGUUGAAUCAUCGCACAAGUUUUGGCAAUCGCCGACCACCAUGUUUGCAGAAGUAAACUUACAGACAUCAAACUUAACUAAGAAACCAGAUAACGAGCUUAUACCGGGCUUUUCUAAAAGGAAUUAUCAGCCUAAAAACGUAUUUAGUUCCCGGACACCAAUUAUCACCACAGACCAAAUGUUCGAUUGGCAUUCGAUGAUGGUUAGUUUGAUAUGGAACGUCCAAGCUUGGAGAGUUUGGAUACAAGAAAAUAUCAAUAAAGUUUUAGCCUACCACCAUAAUAUGGAGUUGGCGGAAUCUUGGGCAGAUUUUCAAAGGAUAGUUUCAACAGAAAUUUUGCAAUGGCAUCAGUACAGUACAUUCAGUCUACAGCUCACGAUACGUCUCGCUUCAAAGUAUAAUAAUAAAAAAAUCAUAUCACCAACGAGAACUACUGUCAAAACAAAAGCAUUCUUGGAGAGUCACAAUGAAAUGUUGGAAAUAAUUGAUAUGUUCAGUAAAUGGACACAAUGGUUAACUGUUAUUAUAAAAGAAACUGAUUCACUACUGGGGCAGAAUUUAUAUUCUCAGCGAUGGCAAAUUCUUACGCAGAAGGUUAAAGAGCAAAUAAAAGACUGGAAUAAUUACAACCGACACUUGAUAUACUUUUGGGAAAAUAAGUUUAAAACUUUAAUAUCAGAUUGGAUACCUGGGCAGCCUGGAGCAGUGUGGGUGAUGAGUGCUUGUGGCGCAGUACCAAGCGGUGCCGUGGCAGCCGGCGUCUGCGACGGAGAAGUCAUAUGGGUUGCACGCACAACUCAAAAGUGUAAGAUUCUACCUGCUGCUUUGUAUCCAUCGAAGCAUUGUUGCAUACUUUACACUGGAGGUCGGACAAAACAUUAUACUAAAUAUCAGGUGUUGUGCAACGCCAGAGUGCAGUGGGUGGCGUUUCGUGCGGGCGCGGUGCCGGCGCGUGCGGUGCGUGUGGGCGACGUGUGCGUGGGCCGCGUGCGGGUGCGCACCGCGCACCUGCUGGGGCCCGUGCGCCCGCCACGCCAUCGCUGCCAUGUCGCCAUUUUCGGACGACCCUUCGCCUUCGACUGCUACGAACUGCUUGUCAUGGACGACGACGAAACGUGA